AACUCAAAAAACAUUUCAAAUAACUUUUGCACCAUGUUCUCCACGAUUGGAUCUCUCCGGCUUCGGCUCCUCUCCCUCUACAGCGCGAUCAAAGCUCUCCCGGUGAACACAGCCGAAGCUCUAUUAUCGCUUUACUUUUGUUACUACUGCAACCUCUCUCCAUGCACCGUUGAUCUUGACGAUUGCCAAACUUCAAUGCAUAUAUGGGCGCCUAAUCACCGCAGCUGCAAAAAGCCUAACAUGGUUCUCGUACAUGGGUAUGGUGGCAACUCCAAGUGGCAGUUUGUAUUUCAAGUGGCUCACCUCACCCGUGAGUUCAAUAUCUAUAUUCCUGAUCUAGUGUUUUUCGGGAAAUCUUACUCCACAAGGACUGAGCGUACGGAUGUAUUCCAGGCCAAGUGCGUGUGCGAUGGGAUGAAGAAACUCGGGGUGCAGAGGUUUUCGGCUUAUGGAUUGAGUUAUGGCGGGUAUGUGGUGUACCGCAUGGCGGCUUUGGAGGAGAAGACGGUGGAGAAGGUGGUGAUUGUGAGCAGUGGAAUUGUGUACACGGAGAGUCAGAAAGCGGAGUUGUUGAAGAAGAUAGGGAGGAAUGUGGUGGAUGUGUUGGUGCCGGAGACACCCGAGGAGAUCCGGACAUUGUGCCGGAUGUCCAUGCAUAAAUUUGAUGUUGGUAGAUUGUUCCCUGAUUUUUUCCUCCGGGCCUUUAUCGCGGCAGAUGGUUACAAGAAGGAAAAGCAAGAACUGGUGGAGUAUUUACUUUUGGGAAAACCUGAUCUUAAUCUUCCUGUUCUUACUCAGGAAACACUUUUAAUAUGGGGAGAUAAGGACCAAAUUUUCCCAAUUCAAUUAGCACAUCAGCUACAUAGUCAUUUGGGAUCCAAAUCGAAGCUUGAGAUACUGAAGAACGUAGGACAUGCUGCAAAUAUGGAAGCUCCACAUUCACUUAACAAACUUGUUACCUUGUUUCUAUCACCUUGAUUGUGUAUACACUUGCUUCAUUUCUACAAACAAUUUAAUGGCUAUUGUUAAAAUUAUAAAAUUACCAACAACAUAUAUACUGGUAUGGUAUAUCUCCCAUGCUUAUUUAUGGUCUUGAAAUAAACAGGAAAUAACCUAACUUUAUUAAA